UUGUUUUCAAAAAAACUGAAAACUGAAACAAAAAACAAUGCCAAACAAGUAUUUUUUUACCGGUAGUCUUUUGGUUGUACAAAUGGUUUUCAUUAAAUGAACUUCUUGUAAUAAAAUUAUUUAAAAAAUAAAAAAAUAAAAUUACAAUCCCAAAUUCAGUAUAAACUUUUCUAAAAAAAAACAGUAUAAAAAAAUAAAGUAAAAAAAUAAAAAUCCCACCGUAACGAAUUAACGACUUCCUAAAUCUCCAAACCAUAAAAAAAUCAUCUUUCCUCUUUAGGGUUCUUCCUUCACAUUUCGUAGUCCUCUGUCCUAUCUUGGCAAAUUUCACAGCACAAAACUCCCAUUUAAAAAGCUUGUUGUGGGAGUGUGCUACAUGCAGACUACACCCUACGCUAGGAAGUUCAGUUUUAAUGGACACUUUGCCAGAUGCAUUGAUAUGGGACAUUUUAAGUAGGAUUUCCCGGACUGAAGAUAGAAACUCUCUAUCUUUAGCUUGCAAGCGCCUCCUUGAGCUUGAAAAUGAGCAGAGACUAUUUCUUCGUGUUGGUUGUGGUCUGAACCCAGCAAAUAAAGCUUUAAACACUCUAUGCAACAGGUUUCCUAACCUGAUGAAAGUGGAAAUUGUUUACUCUGGGUGGAUGUCCAAAUUGGGGAAACAGUUGGAUGAUCAAGGGCUUCUUGCUCUAUCAAACAGUUGCCCUUCUCUUGCAGAUCUGACAUUAAGUCACUGCACCUUCAUUACAGACGCUGGUAUUGGUUACUUGGGAUCAUGUUCAGUACUCUCAUCCUUGAAAUUGAUUUUUACUCCUAGAAUAACUGGCUGUGGGAUUCUCUCUGUUGUUGUUGGCUGUAAGAAUCUCAGUGUGCUGCAUCUUAUUCGAUGCUUAAAUAUAAGUAGUGCUGGGUGGCUUGAAUAUCUUGGUAAACUCGAAAAAAUUCAAUACCUUGUUAUCAAGAAUUGUCGGGCUAUUGGAGAAGGUGACUUGGUAAAGCUUGGAUAUAGUUGGCGGAAUCUAAAACUUUUGCAAUUUGAAGUGGAUGCCAAUUAUCGAUACAUGAAGUUAUACGACCGCAUAGCAGUAGACAGAUGGCAAAAGCAAUUGAUCCCAUGUGUUAAUAUAAAGGAACUGAGCUUGAUAAACUGCAUCAUCAUGCCUGGCAGAGGUCUUGCUUGUGUUUUGGACAAGUGCAGUAACUUGGAGAAAAUUCACUUGGACAUGUGUGUUGGACUUAGGGACGCUGACAUCGUGGGCUUAUCUCAAAGCUCAAAAGGUCUACGGUCAAUUUCUCUCCGUGUUCCGUCAGAUUUCUCAGUACCUCUUCUAAUUAGCAAUCGCUUAACAUUAACAGACGAGAGCUUAAAGGCACUGGCAGAAAACUGUCCUAAGUUGGAGUCUGUCAGAAUAUCGUUUGCAGAUGGUGAAUUCCCUUCACUAUCGUCAUUUACUUUAGGUGGAAUUCUGUAUUUAAUUAGAAGUUGCCCUGUUCGUGAACUUUCACUGGACCAUGUUUAUUCGUUCAACGAUGAUGGAAUGGAGGAUUUAUGUUCAGCUUGCUGCCUUGAAUCAUUGGAACUCGUGAGAUGUCAGGAGAUAAGUGAUGAAGGCCUACAACUUGUAGCUCAGUUUCCACGAUUGUCUGUUUUGCGGCUUAGCAAGUGUUUGGGAGUCAGUGAUGAUGGAUUCAAGCCACUGGUGGGAUCAAACAAAUUGGAUUUACUGGUAGUGGAAGACUGCCCUCAGGUUUCUGAGAGAGGCAUUCACAGGGUGGCAAGAAAUGUGUCAUUUAAGCAAGAUUUGUCUUGGAUGUACUGAUCUUCUGUUGUUUGCUCACUCCACAGGAUAACUUGAUUUGGGAUAGAGGAAAAUUCAUGUUGUCGCUGCAUCAAAGAAAGUUAUGCAUCUGUUGUAGAUUAGUAGCUUCACGCUGGUCAGAAUUUACUGUAAUAUCGGUGUAUUGUUGAAUAACUAAAGCUCAUACAUGUACGGUUGUUUAUUUGUUGAUGCCAUUAAGAGUUUCAAGGUGUAUUUAAGUUGAGUGCCCAACAACGUGAGGAUUUCGGUGUUGGGCAUAACAAUAAGUUCAUUUGUACAAAGUAUUUGUAUUACAGAUUCACAGUAGAUGCUCAUGUUAGUAUUGUAUGCAAGAAUAAUUGUAGUUGCUCGUAAGAAGUAAAUUCGAUUGAUGCAUAAUGUUAACCAUCUUAAUAAUCACAUUUUCAUUUCUUAUACAAAUCCUAGCUCAUCGUUUGUUAAUCACAAUAAUAAUUGUAAAGACACAAAUACAUUACUCCAUAGUUAACUAGCUAGAGUAUACUCUACCCUCUACGAAAUUUAUUAUAUUGUCCGUAAUACUUUGACAUAGUACACUUUUCAAUACACAAUUUUAGCUACUCGUAUCCAUUCACAUAAAGAAACGGAAUUUCAUAAAAUAUACAUUGGGAAUAAUCUAAUGAUCUAUCCCAUUUUAAAUUGUUGUUAAUAGGAGAUUAUUCAAAUACGGAAGGAGUAUUAAUUUUUCUAAAAUCGACUUAAAAAAAAAAAAAAAAAAAAAAAAAAA